UCCCGCCAUUUUGUAUUUUUUGAGAAUCCUUGCAAGUUUCCUGUACACAUCCAGCUACUAGGCUCGCGCUAAAUUCACUUUUGUGGGAACUCUGAACGGUUCUGUUGGGAUCAUUUUAUUGUUGCGUUGGGAGACUACUUUGUUCCGGGAGAUCAACUUACACCGGGGAUUUUUCUCUGAAGUCCAUGGUGUGAAAUUUGUCGAACAGUGGAGGAGAGAAGAUGACGCAGUUCCUCCCACCGAACCUGCUGGCCCUGUUUGCGCCUCGGGACCCCAUACCCUUCUUACCUCAGCUGGAAAAACUACCCCAUGAGAAGCACCACAACCAGCCCUACUGUGGUAUCGCUCCCUUUAUUAGGCACUUCGAGGAUCCAAGAGAUGCCCCUCCACCGACCAGAGCAGAGACUCGUGAAGAACGUCUGGAGAGAAAGAGACGAGAGAAAAUUGAGAGACGGCAGUCUGUUUUGGAAACAGAACUUAAGCUUUGGGACCCUCAUAAUGACCCAAAUGCUCAAGGAGACGCUUUCAAGACCUUGUUUGUUGCACGAAUUAACUACGAUACUACAGAGUCCAAGCUUCGACGUGAGUUUGAGGUCUAUGGCCCCAUCAAAAGGAUUUAUAUUGUCUACAACAAGAAGACGGGAAAGCCUCGUGGCUACGCUUUUAUUGAGUACGAGCAUGAACGAGACAUGCACUCUGCCUACAAGCAUGCAGACGGAAAGAAGAUUGAUGGUAGAAGAGUGUUGGUGGAUGUGGAAAGAGGACGCACUGUCAAAGGAUGGCGUCCUCGCAGGCUAGGAGGAGGAUUGGGUGGGACACGGAGAGGUGGAGCUGACGUAAACAUCAAGCACUCUGGUCGAGACGAUGCGUCACGUUAUGAUGAUCGUUCACUGGGGGCUGACCGUGGAGAAAGAAGGGAGCGCAGUCGGGAACGCGAUCGUGACAAGGACAGAGAACGGCGGAGGUCCCGGUCCCGUGAAAGGCGCCGUCACACUCGGUCCAGGGAGCGAGAUAGGGAGAGAGAACGAGGGAUUGUGGUGGGAGAAGAUGGUGGGAGUAGUAGCCGACGUCGAGAACGAGACCGAGAACGUGGGGGGGCAGGAGGAGGAGGAGAUAGCAGGAGUAGAGAAAGAAGUAGAGACCGGAAGAAAAGGAGUAGGAGCAGGGAUCGGAAGAGAGACAGGGAGAGAGGCAAAGGUCUAGAUGGGGAUGAGGUUGGCCAGGGGGACGGCCCUCCAGAGGGUGGGGAACGCAUGCCAGAGGAGCAUGGAGGAGAGGUGGCUGAGGGGGCAGAGGAGCGCAAAGAUAGGGAUAGAGAUAGGGACAGAGACAGAAGGCGGAGCCACAGGGACAGAGACAGGCGUAGAGAACGGGACAGGGACAGGGAGCACAAGAGGGAACGUGGGGAGAGGGACAGGGGUGAACGGAGAGAGGAACGUCAUGCCCCCACACGAGAUGACAUUGGCCCCCAAGACGAAAUGUGUAACGAGGAUGAUAGUGCACCGGCCAAUAUGGAGGAGUACAGUCAGGACGGAAUGAUGGAUCAGCAGUCCUUCCAAUCAGCAGAGGAUUAUGGUUCUGGUGAGAAUGGCUACAAGAUGGAGGGGCAAGGAGAUGAGUAUUGAGCAGUUCCUCCAUCAGGACCCCAUCACUUCCACACAAGUCAUUUUAUAGUGUGCUUUUCCUCAACGCCUGAGCUCUUUAUCUUUUCGGGGCCUCCUGUAAUUGAAUUGUCUGGCUAGCUUUCCUGUCAGUAUGUUUCAUGUACAGUGAUCACAUUUAAAUUUGAUCUCAGUCAAACAGUUAUCCUUCAUUGCCCAACUUAUCUGUCCCAUUAAAUGUAAUUACAGGGAGGAGAGGGGAAUAAAGUGGAGUGAAAGUGGGAAGGGGUGGAAAUUUAAAGCAGACAAAUUGGUCUUAAAUUAGUUUGCAUUAGUCAUUCUGUUUAAAAAAUUUGUUGCAGGUGUGUUAGAUAAUGUGCUCAUUUUGACCCAACUAAUAUGUAUUUUGGAAACUGGUAUAACAUUGAAACAACGGGGAGACUGUUGUCUUAUCUAAUUUUUUAUUUUAUUUGAUCUGCUGUUUCUAGAUUUGGAGGAUCAUUUUAAUAAAGAUGUGGCUUUACAACA